AUGCUGACCCACUGCCACACCCCCAACAGCCGCUUGGGGCCUGCCCAGGCACCUCGCAGUUCCAAGCUGCUCCCCGGCGCCAGUCCAAGGGCGGCCGGCGCGCUGCCAAGGCGCCUGAAGCCGGCGCGCAGCCUGCCCGUGCCUCCGCCGCCGGGUGCCGAGGAUGCGGGUGAGGAGACCAAGUUUGAGCAGCGCCAGCGCCUGAAGGAGAGCGUGGGCCAGGGUGCCUUUGGCGGCGGCGCUGCCGAUGAGGGUGCUCAGCAGGCAGCGGGCGGCGGUGCGGCGCAGGGGGCUCAGCGGGGCGGUGCCGAGGGCCAGGGGAGCCUGCCUUGGAGCGCGAGGGCGAGCCCGGCAACCAGGGCAGCAGCCACCCACGCCAUGGCUUUCUUCCAGCGCGUCAUGUCCUACCUCCUCAAUGAGGUGCUGGUCAACGGCCUGGCCAACAGCCGCACCUUCCAGCGCUUUGCCAUCCGCAGCAGCUCCCUGGUGGAGGAGGCGGCCAAGAAGACGGCGGAGCACAAGCAGCAGCUGGGGGAGCACGGCUCCACCUUCUUCAAGGUGUUCAGGGAGGAGAUGACCAAGGGGCUCAAGGAAGUAAACAGCAAGACCAAGUGA